AUGUCGAAAGAUAAUAGUGGUGAUGACGAUGGUAACGUCAUGAGAGACAGGAGUUUCCGAAAAAACUCCAGUUAUAACAGUGAAAAUGAAGCUGGACCAUUAAGAGAAGGUGUGUCGCUCGGCAGUGGUUCAUUUGCAUUAUUUCAGUCUGCCCAAUUGAAAAUGAGUAUCAGCCAAGUCCCAGAUGGACUGCGACAAGUUGAAGGAGAUUGUACCAAAGUAGAUAUAUGCUACAAUGGUAUAAUGUUUCAUAAUCGAAACUGUGGCGAUGGGAAAGCGUUUGACGAAGAAUUUCAGAAUUGUACGGUGGCAGCGUAUGAAACAACAGAAUCAACAGCAGCAACACCAGCAGCAACAUCAGAAUCAACAGCAGCAACACCAGCAGCAACAUCAGAAUCAACAGCAGCAACACCAGCAGCAACAACAGAAUCAACAGCAGCAACACCAGAAGCAACAACAGAAUCAACAGCAGCAACACCAGCAGCAACAUCAGAAUCAACAGCAGCAACACCUGCAGCAACAUCAACAGCAGCAACACCUGCAGCAACAUCAGAAUCAACAGCAGCAACACCAGCAGCAACAACAGAAUCAACAGCAGCAACACCAGAAUCAACAGCAGUACCAACAGCAGCAACAUCAGAAUCAACAGCAGCAACAUCAGCAGCAACAUCAGAAUCAACAGCAGUACCAGCAACAGCAACAUCAGAAUGCUGUAAUUUCCCUGGCAGAGAACCCAACCUGUACAAUUGUAGCAAAUAUUUUGAAUGUAUCUCUGGAGCUAAAGUUGAAAAGUCAUGUGGCCAAGAUCAACUAUUCGACGGCGACCAGAAACAGUGUUAUCCAACAGUUUUUGCUACUUGCAAACGUAAAGCUUGUAAAUUUUCUGGUAGAAGAGCCAAUUCAGACGACUGCAAGAAGUAUUCUGAAUGCAUCAACAACGUUGAAGUUGAACUAUCGUGUGGUCCAGGCGAAUUAUUUGACAACAACCAAAAAGAUUGUUACCCAGCUGUCUUUGCUGAGUGUAUAAGAGGUUCCAUAACUACAACCACGGCAUUGCCGACUACCACAACCACGGCAUUGCCGACUACCACAACCACAAGUCUACCGCCAACCACAGCAACACCUUGUACGGGUACCGAUAGAGAACCCAAUAAAGGUGACUGCAAGAAAUAUUUUGAAUGCAUCAACAACGUUAAAGUUGAACUAUCGUGUGGUCCAGGCGAAUUAUUUGACUACAAACAAAAAGGUUGUUACCCAGCUGUCUUUGCUGAGUGUAUAAGAGGUUCCAUAACUACAACCACAGCAUUGCCGACUACCACUCUUCCAUUUUGUGAUUAUAACGGUAGACAUCCCAAUCCAGACGAUUGCAAGAAGUAUUUUGAAUGUAUCAACAACGUUGAAGUUGAGUUAUCGUGUGGUCCAGAUGAGAAAUUUGACUACAACCAAAAAAAUUGUUACCCAACUGUCUUUGCUAAAUGUAUACCAAGUUCUACCCCGAAACCAUGUAACUUUCUCGGUAGAAGAGCCGACACAAAUGACUGCAAGAAGUAUUCUGAAUGUGUCAACAAUGCUGAAGUUGAAUUAUCUUGUGGUCCAGACGAACUCUUUGACGACGGAUCGAAAACGUGUUACCCAGCUGUUUUUGUCACUUGUAAACAGGGUGCUGUAAAUCCAUACACUGCAAAGCUCUGUAAUUUCGUUGGUCGAAAACCUGACGCUAAUGAUUGCCAGAGUUAUAAGGAAUGUGUGAAUGGUAAAGUGGUCGUACAAAGAUGUGGAACUGGAGAGGUGUUCGAUACUGCAAACUUGAUGUGUCUUCCACCUCCUUUUGGACAAUGCAAUGUUGUAUCAAAAUCAAGGAAAAGAAGGAACACAAAAGAUGUAUGUUCGAAAGUAAAAGUUGCUUCAAAAGUACCAUAUCCAGGAGAUCCAAGGAAGUAUUACUAUUGUUCCAAGACUCGAAAGCAGGCAGUAUUUCAAUGUGAUGACGGAUAUAUUUUCAGUGAAAAGGACGGAGGAUGUUUUCCAAACUCCUAAAGAGAUAAAAUAUGAAAAUUUCUAUGAUCUGCUACGGUCAACCAUUGGUCGCGUAAUAACUUAAUGUCAACAGGCUUUAGAAUUCUUUCACCUCUAAAACAGUUCAAUUAAAAUCGAACGUAU